CUGUAAGAAAAAAAGGUGAAUUAAGAUAUUCUUGUGACAAUACAUUAAAAUGCCAAGCUCAUAUUUGUAUGCCAUAAACAAUGAAGGGCGUGUUUUUGGACUAUCAACAUCCGGGAACAUGUGGAAAGAAUUUAUGUAUCUAGGUCUGGAAUUCAAACAGCUAUCAGCAGUCCCACACUUUAUGUGGGCUAUCGGGGGUGACCGUCAAGUCUAUGUACAUGUACACGGUUUAGAUGUACCCAUAAGAAUCAAAGAAGAAAUAUAUGAGAACGAACGUUGGCUUCCAUUGGAAGGAUUUAGUGGAAGAUUAUUGCCUACAGACAGGUAUAAUUUUUCCAAUCAAGAUGGUACAGUCGAUCGUAGUCGAGAUAAAGUAAAAUUACCAUCAAUGGCUUGGCAAUGGGAAGGUGACUGGCAAAUAGAAACUACUUUGGAUGGACAACCACUGGAUCAUGAUGGAUGGACGUACGCAGUCGAUUUCCCAGCUACGUAUUCGACAAAAAAGCAAUGGAAAUCCUGUGUCAGACGGAGGAAAUGGGUUCGUUAUCGAAGAUACAGCGCUAUGAAUUCGUGGUGUGCUAUUGCGCCUCUUCAUAAAGAUCCGACUAAGGAACCAUUUAUUGACAUAUCUGUGGGUGGAAAUCAAAUACCUGGAGGUAAUCUGGGAUGCCUAAUAGUCUGGGCAGUAACUGCUCAUGGGAGGGUAAUGUUUCGUGUUAGCACCAGCACUACUUGUCCUGAAGGGCAAAGGUGGAGUGCUAUAAAAUUAUCGAAUGGUCACGAGGUAUCUCAGAUCAGUGUUGGAAUGACUGGUCUCGUUUGGGCUGUUCUAAUGGUUGGCAAAGCAUUAGUACGUACAGGCAUUACUAGAGAAAAUCCAACGGGUGAUGAUUGGUCGGAAGUUGAACCUCCACAGAAAGACUUAAAAUUGGUACAAGUUAGCGUAGGUACGGACUCUGUUUGGGCUAUAACACAUGACGGAGGGGUGUGGUUUCGAAAAGGUAUUAAGGGUGAAAUGAGUGGAGUUUGCGAACAGAUGGCUACUGGUACCGGUUGGGUAGAAAUGUUAAGCAAAAUGUCACUGGUGUCUGUUGCUCCAAAUGAUCAGGUCUGGGCGAUUGGCCAGGAAGAUAGGUGUUUGUAUUAUCGUACCGGUAUAACACGAUCGGAAUUAACGGGUAAAAAAUGGAGAUUGAUAAACGCGCCACUUCAACUUAGUAGAGCAAGCAGUAAUGCCAGCUUAUCGUCAAGUAACAGGCACAGCAUGUGCGGUACUCCUCAGCAACAGAGGCAUCAAAGUUGGGCGUCACUGAAUCGACCGCAUAGUACCAGUGAAGGUACAACACUAAUCAGAGAAUGGGAAGAACAAUCGCGAUCGGCACCAACGCCAACAUCCUUAAAAUUAUGGCAACGCUCGAAUGAUGCUGCCAAUAAAACUCCCCAACAAGCAUCUUUCCACAAUAUAUAUUUAAACGAGGAAAAGAAAAAAUCCGCACAAUCAUUGGACAUGAGUGAUCUUACAGAAGCUAGUGUUGCAAAUAUAACGAUAUCAAACGAAUCACUAACUAAAACUGGAGAAUCCAUAGUGGUCUCUGGGAAAGGCAUGGGCAGUACAGUUAAGAUCAAUCCAGCUGCCUGGAGUCCUGUCCACUCGGUUGGCUCUAUGGUAGGGGUGGAAGCUCAUCCGGAAACGGAUGGCAGUAUAUUUGAUCCCGAUUUAACGAGCGAUUCCGGUGUCUACGGGGAGGAUGAAAGUUCUGGCGCGAUGUAUUGGGCUGAAUGUGACGCCUCCUGGUAUAAAGUAGAAGCUGGGGCAUGUUUUGUGGAUCCGGCAAAUCCUCCCAAAUGGAUUGCUGACACUAAUGGCAUAAAUAAUGGGGACAUUGCGGAACCUUGGAGAAUACAUAUUUUAGAAGAAUUGAAAAAGAGGCUACACAAAAUACAAUUUGAUUCAUCGAUAUACGAAAAAGUCGUUGAAAAGUCGUCUUGGGUAAAAAAUGGUGAUGCAAAGUGCAAAGUUAAGGGUGGUACUUUGUACGAGGAUUGUAUUAUUGAAUUAGAAUGGAUAAGUAGCGACAGUGGGUCCUUAGAUUCUGGAACUGUAACUAUCUUGAACUCGGAUGGAGCAACAACAAUUGUUCAAUUUCCUGUAUCUGAGAUUAUGUGUGUAGUAUGCUGUAGCGAACCAGGCAAUCCAAGGAUAGCAAUUCAUACUCCGCGACUGCUUCGUUCGAAAGUUCUUAGGCUGCAGUUUUCUAGCGACACAGAAAUGGAAGAUUGGUUGGCACAUUUAACUUCAGUUACUUGUCAAAUGAAUAACGUUUAUGGAAAACCAGGGCCCAAUUCGAUUUGGGCUACAACUGCAUUGGGAGACGUACAUGUAUAUGAUCCAGCUGUUGUAGAAGAAAAUAAGCUCGUUAACGAUAUUUAUGUACAAGAGCUGGACGUUGCAGGAAAAGAAUUACCAUUCGAGUGUAUAUUACAAAAUGGUUUUGGAUACGGCAGUUCCCUAGAAAUUACAGUUUGUGUCCACGAUGACGCUGAUAGAUUAUCAUUCAAUUUUGUCUGUUAUACAAUGACAACAUCCAUGAAACAAAAAUGUGUGAUGGAUAGCCAUGAUAUAGCGCUCCACUUUAAUCCAAGAUUCAGAGAGAAUAUAAUCGUACGCAACACAUAUCAGAAUGGACAAUGGGGAGACGAAGAAAGAAACGGAGGUAGCCCAUUAAAAGCUGGCUCUGACUUCAUGAUAAAGAUCGUUUGCGAGAUUCGAGGAUAUAGAAUUUUUAUCAAUGAUACAGAAUUUACUUUUUAUAGCCAUAGAAUAUUACCACAGAGUAUUACUCAUUUGAGAAUUAAGGGACUAAUGACAUUGUGUAGCGUACUUUACAAAUCUACGUCUGUAAUCAUUGACCCAAUUGCGAUGUUCUGGAGACAAAUGGGUGGACACUUGAAAAAAGUGGAAACAUGUUCCGUUGGCGUAACAUGGGGAAUAGGUUAUGACAGUAUUGCAUGGGUUUAUACCGGUGGUUGGGGAGGUUUAUUCUUAAAAGGACUAGAUAGCAAUACUGGGAUAAAUCCCAUGGUAGAUACUCAUAAUUAUUACGUUUAUGAAAAUCAACGCUGGAACCCGGUGACAGGAUAUACCUCUCAUGGUCUUCCAACCGAUCGCUACAUGUGGAGCGACGCAACUGGACGCCAUAAACGUACUCGGGAGAACACUAAAUUGUUGUCAAUGCACUGGCGUUGGGUGUCAGACUGGAUAGUAGAUUUUCAUACGCCUGGAGGCGUUGACAGGGAUGGUUGGCAAUACGCUACUGAUUUUCCUUCCCAAUAUCACGGUAAAAAACACUUCACCGAUUAUGUCAGAAGAAGAAGAUGGUUCCGAAGAUGUCAGUUAACAUCUAGCGGUCCCUGGCAAGAGUUAGGAAACACAAAACUACUUGACGUGUCUUUAUAUGCAACUGGCAGUCCUGGUACAGAUGCUCAAGUUUAUAUAUGGGCGAUAGCUUCUAAUGGUGAAGCUUUAUUUAGGAGAGGUGUUUCCGAAUCGUGUCCAAUGGGAGUUUCAUGGGAACAUAUACCGAGCGAUCAAGCUUUAGUAGGUAUUUCAUGCGGUCCAGGCGGUCAGGUUUGGUCCGUAGGGAAAAAUGGCUCCUCAUAUUGGAGAUUAGGUAUUACCUCUUCAAAACCUGCAGGUGUACAAUGGCAGAACGUUGAACCCCCGGCUGGUGCUCACUUGAAACAAAUCUCUGUAGGAAAAGAUGUAGUAUGGGCAUUGGACACGACAGGUAGACUGUCCGUGCGUCGUGAAGUGCAAAUGAACGUUUUCCCUGAAGGAACCCAUUGGCAAACGUUACCUGCGAUGCCCAACGAUCCUAUUCACAUAGAUAUGUCCGUUAUAAAUGUGAAACAAGGUUUUCGACAUGUAUCCGUCGCUAGAGAACAAGGUCAAGUAUGGGCAGUUUCCGGUGCUGGGAUACUUUGCCGUAGAAUUGGGAUCACCGAUGAAAAUCCAGCUGGAACAGGUUGGGCGACUGGCAUAGGGGCAAAUUGGCAGUACAUAAGUGUAGGAGGACUUGUAAAUAAAACGAAAUAA